AUGCGUAAAAUAACUUCUAUAGAAAGGACCUGUCUAAUUCUUCUAAACAGAAAUGUCUUUCAAAAUGUUGUCAAAGUUAUGAAUUUUUACAAACUUGCAAUUAUUAUUGUUUACUAUUUUAUAUCGCACACAGCUGAAGAAAAUGCAAACUAUCUAACAAAAAACUCAACCAAAAAAUGGUUUAAUAAUUUUAUACAACGAUUAUCCUCAAAAAAUCCUUAUUGUUCGAUAUGCUGUAUAGACACGACAAAGAACACCUUAGCUAAAACAUGUGGGAAACACACCAUGUGCCUUUACCAGAACGGGAUAUAUGGACCAGGAUGUAAAGGUUUUCUUGAUAUUCCUUUAUCAGAAGAUGAAAUUGAUGUUAUUUUAGAUGCACACAACACGAUGAGGAACAAAGUGGCAACGGGCAAAGAAGAAAGAGGCAAUCCAGGUCCACAGCCAACAGCCUCAAACAUGCGACUAUUGGAAUGGAAUGUAGAUCUAGCUCUUAUAGCCCAUAGAUGGGCAUCGCAAUGCAUUUUCGCCCACGAUUUAUGCAGAGAUACAACCAAAUACCCGGUUGGGCAAAACAUUGCUAGAGGAAAUUUUGCAAUCAGUAACGACCUUUCCUUUAUUAUCAGUUGGUUUGAUUUAGUUCAGUAUGUCGGUGAGCAAGAUCUUACAUCAUUUCAACUUUCAUUAAAAAGUCCACUUCGACAAUACACCCAACUUGUCUGGGCAGAAACCUAUCAGAUAGGCUGCGCUAGAGUUUUGUUUCAACAAACCACGGGUAGAGGAAAUACGUCAUACCACGAACAUUUUAUCUGCAACUAUGGACCUAUGGGUAACAUACCAGGGCAAGCUGUUUAUAAAACUGGUGAACCGUGUACGAAUUGUCCUGAAGGAACAGGAUGUGCUAUAAAUUAUCAGGGUUUGUGUGGCACUGAAAUUGAUGUAGAACUCAUAAAAAAUAUUGAAUUGAAGGCAAUAAAGAGAAAAAGACGAGGUAAAGGAUUGCAUAUAAGUAAAUGUAUAAGAUUAGUCCCAGUGUGUUGCUAUUAUUAUUUUAUUAUUGUUAUAUUUUUGAUUAUUAUAUUUUAUUGA